GUUUAGUAUGAGGAAUAGUACUAUUCAGCAGGCACACUAAUUAUUACCAUGUUAUUACUUCUUUAUUUCCUGCUGUAAAGUCAGGUGCUACCAACCUUUCUUUCCAGGACGUUACAGGCGUUAUUAAUCUAAAUCGAAUGCAGCUAUGGAACUCCAUAUUUAGUUCCAAGACUGAAGUUGUAAUUCUGUUGGAAACGAAGCACAUCAUUCAAUUUUGGAGGCGGUGUCUCUGAGCAGACUCCUCGCAGUGUGGCUCCAGAUACAGACGGCGAAAUGUAGACAUCUCGAUAACAAGUUUAUGUCUUUCAGGAUAUUUUGUCAACACGUAUGUCAAUCAUUUAACGUGGGCAAGUAUGACGACUUGCGUUGUCGUUGUCGGCAAGAUGAACAUUUUACCUGAGAAAACUUUAUGGACAUUCGUGUUGCAGCUUUCUUGUGUGCUGCUCACGUUGAAGGCAACCGUUACCGUUGGCUCACCUGUGUUGCUAAACCUCCCGUCAACACCUGAGACUAGUGCUGAGACUUUUCUGGAGAAGUAUGGAUACCUUGAGGAGGAGAGUCACCAACACAAUGAUACUGAGGUCAACACAGCUCUCAGGGAGUUCCAGUGGCUCACCCACCUGCCAGUCACUGGGCGUCUGGACAGUGACACACGGCACCAGAUGGCAGAGCCCAGGUGUGGGGUGAGGGAUUACAGGGGCCAGCAGGCCUGGGCACAGAAGGUCAACGGCAUCUUCCAUGGAGGUCUGACCAAACCUAACAGUGGACAGCGUCUACGCAGGAAGCGCCAUAGCCAGCUAGGUGAGAGGUGGCACAAGCGUCACCUGACCUACCAGGUGGUGAACUGGCCUGGCCACCUCCCUCGGGGUCAGGUGGCCCUAGCCGUACGCACCGCUUUCCAGCUAUGGAGUAACGUUUCGGCCCUGGCCUUCAGAGAGGUCACCCAGGGGUCAGCUGACAUCCGGCUGGCCUUCUACGAGGGGGACCACAACGACGGCAUGGGCAACGCCUUUGAUGGUCCAGGAGGCGCCCUAGCACAUGCCUUCUUCCCAUGCCGAGGGGAGGCCCACUUUGACAUGGCAGAGCGCUGGACACUGAACGGCUACAAGGGCCACAACCUGUUCAUGGUCAUUGCCCAUGAGGUGGGCCACACGCUGGGCUUGGAGCACUCUCCUGUGCGCCACGCUCUCAUGUCCCCCUACUACAAGAAGCUGGGGAAAGCCACGGUGCUGAGCUGGGAUGACAUCACUGCUGUACAGCAGCUCUAUGGGAAGCCAGAGAGCGGUCAGGUAAUCCAGUUGCCUGGUCAGGUGUUCAGCUCUGCUCUACGGGACUGGGAGCUGUCUGAAGGUGGUACUUGGAAGCCUGAUUCCACCCCACCUCCAUACUGCAGGGGAUUCUUUGAUGCUCUCACCAUGGACCAAGAUGGUACCAGCCUAGUAUUCCGUGGGGGGCUGUUCUGGACUGUGUCUCCUGGAGGCAAAACCAGCUCCCCUCUACCUCUGCAGAACCGCUGGCCAGGACUACCCCUCGCCAUUGAGGCAGCUGCUUACUCUCAAAUGGACAAUAAGUUCUACUUUUUCAAAGGUAGGCGAGUGUGGCGUUACUCCAGCAGUGGUGUGGACCCGGGCUUCCCCCUGAGGAGCAGUGAGCUGGGCCUCCCUGGACACCCUGACCAGGCCUUCUACUACCCCCGCCUGGGACACCUGGUGGUGUUCAAGGGCCAGCUCUACUUUGUGCUCAACCUGGGGACCCUGAGGCCCGAGCCAUACUACCCCCGCAGUCUGGACGACUGGAGGGGUGUCCCCCGGGGGACCAAUGGAGCCGUCAGCCACCCUGAUGGACAAGUGUACUUCUUCAAGGAGCGGCACUACUGGAGAUUUGAUCCAGAGAAAGUGCAGGUGACUGGAGAGGGGAUGUGGGACACAGAGCUGGAGUGGGCAGGCUGUUUGGGAACUCACCACAGAGGCAAUAAUAUACUGUGACCACAAGAGGGUGCUAACUAACUGAUUAAAGUGGUUGGCGAAGGUAAUGUGCAAUGGAUAUACUCAGACUAAGCAAUGACAGAGCUCAUAUUUUUUAUGUUCAUACAUUAUUAUUAAAUAAGUAUUCCUAAUCCUAUUUCAUCCAGUGAACCAAUGAUUUUGUUUGUAAUGUGUUUGUUUUGUUUUAGACAGUAUUAAGAUUGGCUAUGCCAUACAGACUAUCUGUGAGUUAUAUGUGGCAUGUGUCAUUGUUGCACAAAUAAAUUAUGUUUGUAUGUUUUCUCUCAGACAA